AUGGCAGUAGCUUUUGCUGAUGGAAGUCUAUCGAUAUACUCAAGUUACCAUGGAGAUAGACUCUAUUAGAUCAAUGAUGAAGAGAUAAGCUAUCCUAUCACUGCACUUUCUUGGAGGCCAACUACAAUUCAGUCUUGCGAUGCUUAAAGUUUUAAAGCUUUAGGUGCAGAUGGCAGAAUAUUAUACUGGAAGCCAAAGUACCAGAAUAAGAUGAAAACUUUGCUGGUUAGUGAGACAAACUCAUAUUAAUGUUUAGAUUACUCACCGGACUAAGGCUCGAAAUUUGUGGCAGCUGGUAAACUACCAAUACUUGAAGUAUAUGAUGACGAAAAGCUUGAAAGAAUCACAGAGUUUAAAACUGCAGGAGGUGUUGGCCACACCAACAGAAUAUUCUGUGUCAAAUUUGAUCCCUAACAGUAAAAUAUAAUUUAUAGUGGCGGUUGGGACUGUACAGUUAACAUUUGGGAUUUGAGAACUGGUAAAUGCUCUGGAAGUAUUUUCGGCCCUUAGAUAUGUGGAGAAGCCAUUGAUGUUAAAAGUGACUCAAGCAUUUUGCUAACGGGUAGUCACUAAGUCAAGGAUGGUCUUUAACUUUGGGACUUGAGAACUCAGGCUUGCACAAAGAAAAUUUAGUGGGAUGAAAAAGGACAAGAUGUGUCAUAAAUCUAUAGUGCUAAGUUUACUAAUCCUAAAAAGGAUUUCAUAAUUGCAGGUGGUUCUGAUAAGAAUUAAGCUAAGGUUUUCUCAGCUGAUACUGGAAAAGCAGUUUCAAUCUUUGGAGGCUUACCUAAAGCUUGUUUGGUCACUGAUACCUCGCUAGAAGGAAAUCUAUGUUUAUUAGGUUGUGCUGAUGGAAGCAUCCAAAAAUUAAUUUAUCAUAAAAAAUUAAAUAUUAAUAAUUGUUUAAUUAAAAUAAUGACAACAAAAUCUGGAAAAUAAUCAUCCUCCAGUGGAAACAGUAAUCUUUUGAGCAAUUUGCAAAGAAUUCAAAAGCUACUCGAAUCAGAAUUAAAAGACAUCGAAAAGAAAAUCUUUUAGGACGAAAAUCAGUACCUUAAGGAUUCAGCUUCAUAUGGUGCGAUCACUAAAGGUUGGGAUGGAGCUGCAAAUCAAUAAAAAGCUGCUGCUGGUGCUGCUGGCGGAAGAAAGCAUACAAAGUUUACUUAACUGGAUAGACUAUUUUCUUAUAGCAGCUUGACUGCACCAAAUACAGAGGAAGAAACUAAAAGUUUGACUCUAGGCAAGUAGAAUAAAAACUAUGAAAGGGAUAAGCAACUUAGAGCAAAAUAAGCUAAUAUUAUUGGAUUGAAGAAUAAAUAGAAAAGGAAAAACAAGGGACAGUUUGGAGGACCAGGCAGUAUAAUGGGACUUAGCAACGAUGAUAACAAUGAUGGCUAGGAUUUGCUUUCAGAUGAAGAUAUCGGCAUGAAAAAUGAAGAUAGUGCUGGAAAUAUUGAUCAGGUAGAUUCUGACUAUUAAUGA